UUUGUUUGGAAAUAAGUGUCUGUGAAAAUAAGAUGCGGUAAUUUUAUUGCUAGAACUUGAGUCAGCAAUUUUUCAAACCACAACAGAAGCACAAGGAUUUUUAGAGUUGAUUCUUUGUCACUUUCUUUUCUUAUUUCUAUCUCUUAAGUUAUCAGCUUCAGGCAUUCUCUAAUCUGUGUUCCUCAUGUAGUUCACGUUUGAAUUUCUCUUCAAAAACAUCAAUCCAAUAUUCAAUUUGAUUUGAUUGAUUAGUAGUGUUAAAUAUAUUUUCCUGAUAAUAAGUUGGUAGUAUUAUAUUUUUUUAGUAAUAAAUAGUUGACUCAUUUUAUUCCAAUUGAAAUUAUUUAAAGUGGUGAUACGUUUACGAAAUGGUUCAUAGAAACAGUGCUUUUAGUGUUUUCAUAUUAAUUUUUGUAUCGAUGAGUUGUGUAACAAGUUUCAAGAUGAGCAAUGAGCUUCGCCGGCCUAAAAUACCGUCAUACAUUCAUGUAUGCAAUAAAGAUGAUCCCUUGGUUGAUGAAUGCAUUUGGGGAUCUAUAGAGAGUUUAAAACCGUAUCUCAAAAAAGGUGUUCCUGAACUUGGUAUUCCUUCUUGUGAGCCCUUGUACAUUCCCGAAAUAGUAAUCAACCAAGGGAAAGGAGCUGUCAGCAUACAGUCAACCUACACUGAUAUCAAAGUUUAUGGACCGAGUAACUUUACACUCAAAGCAGUUAGAGUGGAUCUGGACAAAGAUCAGAUUGGACUGAAAAUAUACAUUCCAAAGCUAAGAAUGACAAGUACAUACACGAUUAGAGGAAGGAUCCUAAUGUUACCAAUCCAUGGAACAGGGCCUAGUGAUGGGAAUUACACUGAUAUUGAGGCUUCAGCUCUCAUUCAAGGAUCUAAGUUUGAAAAAGGAGGAAAGACUUACUACAGCGUAACUGACAUAUUUGUUGAUUUCAUAAUUGGGCAUGCUAGUGUUUACAUGGGAGAUCUCUUCAAUGGCGAUAAGGAACUAAGUGAUUCCAUGAACCUAUUCCUCAACGAUAACUGGAGAAACGUAGCAAAGGAAGUGAAACCAGUUCUUGAAGAGACUAUGGGAGAGAUGUUCAAAACAUUUGCGAAUAAAAUAUUUCAUAAAUUCCCUCUUGAUGAGCUUCUACCCUGCAGUUCAGGAACUAGAGAUUGUUGGCAAUAGUUUGGAUGUAAAAAUACUUUAAAAUUAGUUUUGAAAUAUGAUAAUAUUAGACCAUUCCUGUGACCAAUGUAGUAAUAUGAGCGGACUUUUAAAAAGUGCUUCAAUUCAAAAUUUGCCGCGUAUUGUUGAUCAUUUUCAUUACAUUGCUAUAUUAAUUAAAUUCCUAAUACUGUUGAAGAUUUAAUUGUAAUAAAUAAUUUGAAUAGAACUUAAGUAAUCAUGAAUAUACAAUAUGAUGUUGCAUUUUUUAAGAUUAUUCAGAUAUUUUCAGAUCUCUAAUCAUUUUAUAAGUUUGCUGUGUUGGAACCCUGUGGAACUUUUAAACUCAAACUUGAAAUUUUGAGGUUAUGCUGUAUUGUUUAAUUGUUUUUGUUUUAAUUUAAAUGACAAUGGACUCUCAGUAUAAUAAUUAUUUGUUUUGAUAAUAUUUAUUCUGUGUAGAAAGUGUAAACAAAAAGUGAUUCGUAAACAAUUUAGAUUGUGUUAUUUAUUGGUUCAAAUACAAAUGAGAGUUUGAGAGCCUGAUAAGGUUAUCAAUAUAAGUUUCUAAUAAUAUUCUUGUAAAAUAUUGAAAAGAAGUGACUUAUUAUCUGUAUUUUGGAAUAUGCUUCUCCUAUAAAUUUAUUCACAGUAUAAUCUAAUCAAAUUUUAUAAAGUGUAUUUUUUUAACUUACUCUACAAUAUCAACGGAAUACAUUCAUAAUGUAUA